UUGCGAGAGUGCUCCAGCCAGCGGAGGCUGCGGCCAGUACUGCAAAGCAUGCCGACCCGGCUGCACCGUUGAAAGAGGCGAGACGCAGACCUUUGCAUUGCUUGACCCACGCAAUCCAAUCGCGGCAGCUCAAGUCGGCGUCAGCAGCCACAGGGCAGCCCCACCUUUUUCUUUCAGCUGCCGCAUCUCAGCCGUAAAAACGUGGGAGGAGGUGAAAAAAGUGUUCUACUUCCUGUGCCUGCGGCGGCGAAGGCGCGGGAUAGUGGUGGCGGCGGCGGGCAUGCUGGCCGGCGCAUCCGCGGCCACCGCUGGCCCCUCGGGGGUGCGCACGGUGAGCGGAGGCCCGCUGGGGGCACCGUCGGCCCCCGACCAGAGCACCUUGCAGCAGUUGGCGCGCUGCGCCGAGCUCAGAGCCAGGGAGGAGCGGCUGCUGCGCGAGGUGGCCGCCGCCCUCGGCCACAAUGAGCCUCGCCAUGCCACUCCCACCCACAGGGUCAACAUUUCAGAAGUGGAAGACUUGUACCUGCGUUGCACCAGCGACUCGAUGUACAUUUUGGACACGUCGUCUGACAUCCAGCAGCAGCUGGGCCAGCAGCAGCCGACGGAGGCCGAGGGCACGGCCGAGGUGCCGGAAAACUACAAUCACAAGAGGAGAUCCAGCACGGAGCUGUACCGCGAGGCGGCGGCCAUUUGGGGCCUCACGUGUCGCAUGAGUGAUAGCUGCAGAUGCUUAGAUUGUCAGAGCCGUUACUUUGACUGCGACUUCGAAGAUGAAGAGCGGCCGCCUGACCUCGCCGCUGGUGGACCAAUUCUGUUCGACCACGUCCUCAACCACCCUGUUACCUGCAGCCUGCUAUAGUUCCCAACUGAAAAUGUGGACAAAGUGAUUUUAAAAUGAUGCACAAAAAAAAGCAUUUGAACGAGUGUUGUCUAAAAUUGUGUUGAAAAAUUCUGGCCCCUUCAUAUGUAUUAUAUUAUAUAUGUGCAUUCUCCUUUUGAUUCUCUCAGCCGCGGUCGCUCUCAGCUGCAAAUAUAAUGUAACUAGAAAAGUUUCAUCUCAAGUGCGGGCAAAGUUGAUUGUUUGACUUUUUCAUCAAGUCGGCGGCUGUUGUUGCAGAAUUUGCAACAAGCGCGAGGCCAGAUAGGCUUAUUAUGUAUGAGGAGUAUUGAUUUUUCAAAAGGUCAGAGAGAGCUGAAGAUAUUCGGUCUCGUGCGCCCCGGCAAGUGCCCCGGAAAAUGCGUGAUGCUGAUGCGAAUCUAGAGUACAUACGCUUUUCCAGGUAAAUUAAACUGCCACGUGUUGUGUCUGAUCUUGGUCACUGUGUUUUGCUUCAGAGAGCCUAGCAAAGAUCAAAAACUAGAGAAGAGACAAGUCCCUUCAAUUUUUUUCGUUUCCAAAUCGAAAGGAGAGCUUCACGAAUUUUACAACUCAAAUCGUCCAGAAGCACGUGAAAAUGCUUUCUUAUUUUAAGGAGCUAAUCCCACAUACAUAUAGGCAGUAAAGGUACCCAAAAUAUAGGAGCUAACAUGCGAUUUAAAUAUACAUAUAUACGGCGGGGUUUUUACAAGUAAGGUGUAAAUUAUAAAGUUUGUGAAAUACCAUAAUAAGAUACUGGGAAAGUUGCGAAUUCUAAAAGAGCCUACUGUUUGGCAGAAAAAUAAUUUAUUCCGAAAAUAGAGAAUUAUAGAGAAUAGGAACGCCAGUUAUUCUUUAUCUGUGAGCUCGCAGAAGUAAUGUUUAUGUCAUGUUACUAGAAGUUUUGCUGUAUUUUAUCUACCUGAAUGACAGCCACAAAAAGUGAAUGUACUGUUUAUUUAAAAAAUACAUAUAUAUUUGUCGCUGUGGUUGAGCACAAAACAAAUACUUGCAGAUUUUAGAUUACCCUUUCAAAGUACUUAGAUUACAAGCUAUUAUUACAUUGCAUUACGAGGAGAAAAUCCACCGAUUUUUCAUGCUGCGAAACAUGCUCAAAACCUUUGGCGGGGAAAAUAGUUAUAAAUUUGGAUUAGGCGCAGUAGAUACUCGAGGAAAAAUAUAUUGCAGCUAUUUAUUUUGUGGUUGAUCACAAUUCUGCGCUUUAAAAUAUAUUCAAACUACACUGGAGAAUCGUUCACCCAGUAGUCAGAAAAAAGUAUUCAAUGAAGCUGAAAUGUGAUUUACUCUCUAUAUUAAGACGCAUAUAAAGUCAACGACGACUUCUUGUGUUACCAAAGCGAAGAUCUAACUUUUAUUAUACAAGUGUGUGUCAACAAUUUUAUUCUGCUGAUCAAUCAAACUUCUGAGAUCGAUCCUGCUAGGAUCCCUCUGCCCUUGUCAUAGAGAACACCCAUCCACAGUAAAUAAUUUUUAGAGUCUCGAAACGGAGAGAACAAAAUUACAGCAAAGCACUGCUCAUGCGUUUUAAAUGCGCAUGGACUUAGAACUUAAAGUGAAAACACAAACAGAUAUAACCACGUGAUAUAGCGGUUUCUUGAUGGUGGUUUUCAGAGCUCUCAUUACUACAAAACACUGUUUUUAGGAUAUGUAUAUUAAAAAAAGGCGAUUCACUUAAAUAAGCUCUGAAGCAGCGAUCCAGAAGUAGUGGAAACAAAAGCAACUCAGUAUAUUGUUGGUCUACUGGUAUAGUGAAAACAUUAUUCAGAAUAUUGUGUACUGCUUUUCGUGGUGAUGUCGGUUUUUUCCGUUCAAUCUUAGAAUAGAGAAGGAACAUGGCGUAGUGAAAACUCUCAUUUUGUUUCUAAAUGUUUAUGAAGAUUUUAACUCAGGUUUGAUAAGAAAAUAAAGGAUUGCUUUGAAUUAAUUUGAUAGUUUAGCUCUUGUACACUUUUAAAACACGAAUUACGAUUCUGAUCAGACACAUAAAUGUUAUUUUUAAAUUUUGUCAUUCGCAAAGUAUAUUUAUCUUGCACUCAUCGGGUUGUAGUUGUAACCCCACACGCUUUAUAGAUUUAUGUAAAAUAUUUGUAAUGUUUUCUGUAAUUUCCACCAUGUUAUAAUGUAUUUGUUAAAUGAAUUAUAAAAAAAGAUGUGUGCAACGGCUUCAAUGAAAAUAAAGCUCAAUAAUUUUCUCAAA